AUGAACGCGGGCCCCUUCACCAACUACUACCUCGGCUACCCAGACACGGACGAGCAUCGCGCCAACCCGGCCCAGUUCGGGGCUGACACAUCCAAGGUUUUUCAGUUCACGACGGGUCUCUUGGAACUAUUCCAUGUCCAUGGCUCUGAGAAGCAACAGCCUGGCUUUUAUCACAAUGGCAACACGCCAGAAAGUUUAGGGUUUGGCCACUUGGGAUUUACGGUCCCUGACGCGCGAGCCGCGGUCGCGAGGCUAAAAGCGCACGGUGUCAGGGUCUUCAAGGACUUUGGCGUGGCUAACAAGGAAACUAUCCCCAUCAGCGACUGGGAGAAUAAGCACGGAGUAGGCAUUGAAGUCAAAGGGACCGAGAGCGAGCUCCAUCCUAUGUUUAAAAAGGCGUAUGAGAGUAUCGCAUUAGUUCAAGAUCCGGAAAAAAGCAGCCACAAUAAUGAAGUUCUGCUCCACGCUCAGAUCGACAACACUACGGCAAAACCGAUUAAGGUCUUUUAA